AAGGUGGGGGAGGGAAAUGGAGUAACAGGCAUCCUCGCGAGAGUUGCUUCGUUUCUGUAGGAUUUGGCGUAAUCGGCGAAGUGCUGCUUGUUAGGGAAGGGUGUCAGUGUUUGUAACUUUUGAGAAUCACAUGUGGAAGAAGACAUGGAAUAUAUGAAAGAGUAUACUCCCGUUCACCAGGGGAACAUCUUAUGUUGCCAGUGUGGCAUUGCAAUCCCACCAAACCCAGCCAAUAUGUGUGUAGACUGUUUAAGAACUCAAGUGGAUAUCACUGAGGGGAUUCCUAAGCAAGUCACUGUUCAUUUCUGCAAACAGUGUGAAAGAUAUCUUCAACCACCAGCGGCUUGGCUACAGUGUGCCUUGGAAUCAAGAGAACUACUUUCAUUAUGCCUUAAAAAAAUUAAGGCUUCUCUUAGUAAGGUUCGGUUGAUCGAUGCAGGAUUUGUAUGGACUGAACCACAUUCUAAAAGACUUAAAGUAAAGUUGACUAUACAAAAAGAGGUAAUGAAUGGUGCAAUUCUUCAGCAAAUCUUUGUAGUAGAGUAUAUUGUUCAGUCACAGAUGUGUGAAGACUGCCAUCGAGUUGAAGCUAAGGACUUCUGGAAAUCAGUGGUUCAAGUUAGGCAAAAGACACUGCAUAAAAAAACAUUCUAUUAUUUGGAGCAAUUAAUUUUAAAGCACAGGCUUCACCAGAAUACACUUCGGAUCAAAGAGAUUCAUGAUGGUCUGGAUUUCUAUUUUGCUUCCAAACAGCAUGCUCAGAAAAUGGUGGACUUCCUUCAGUGUACUGUACCUUGUAGAAUUAAAUCAUCACAGCGUUUGAUUUCUCAUGACAUUCACAGCAAUACAUAUAAUUACAAAAGCACUUUCUCUGUUGAGAUUGUUCCAGUAUGCAAGGACAAUGUUGUGUGUUUGUCACCAAAACUGGCUCAAAGCCUUGGCAAUAUGAGCCAGAUUUGCAUCUGUGUCCGGGUAACCAGUGCUAUUCACAUCAUUGAUCCAAGUACUCUUCAAAUUGCAGAAAUAGAUGGAAAUACUUAUUGGCGUCAUCCUUUUAAUAGCUUGUUUCAUCCAAAGCAGUUAGAAGAAUUUAUUGUAAUGGAUAUCAGUAGAACCUAUGAACAGAAGCAAAAUGCUGGUGCAGGCAUGAAAUCCAAUAAGCAUAUCCUUGCGGAAGCCUGGGUUCAGAAAACCUCAGAAUUGAAUACAGACCAUCAGUAUUUCUGUCGUACUCACUUGGGGCAUCUUCUGAAUCCUGGAGAUCUUGUAUUGGGUUUUGAUUUGGUUAAUUGUAAUCUGAAUGAUGAAUUUGCAAAUAAGAUGAAUCCCCAUAAUGUUCCAGAUGUGGUUUUGAUUAAAAAAAGUUACGAUCGCACCAAGCGUCAACGUCGCAGAAAUUGGAAACUGAAAGAAUUACAAAGAGACCGAGAUAACAUGGAUACCGAUGAUGAAAGACAAUACCAAGACUUCCUAGAAGAUCUAGAAGAAGAUGAAACAAUUAGAAAAAAUGUCAAUAUUUAUAAAAAUCCAGUGAUACCAGUGGAGAGUGACACAGAUGAUGAGAACAUUCCCCAAAUCAGUCUCACUGAAAUGCUUGAAGACCUUCAGAUAUCUGAAGAUGCUACAGGGGGAGAAGGUGCCGAUAUGCUGAUGGCAUAAGUUAGGAAGUCUUGUUAAUUUAAUUUUAUUCGUCCUUGAGAAAAAGUCCCUAAGAAAUCUGUUAUAGGCAUUCUUGAUCUGAAAAAGAAAUAAUAUUGAUAAGAUUUGGAAGAGAUUAAAAAAUAAAUGCUCCCGAAAGGUAUAAUUAUAAUGGUUAAUAGAAAAGGAAAAAAUGAUAGAUUUUAAAGUUUUAAAUAUAUACAUAUGUAUAUCAAAUUGGUAUAUUUCCAAUUAUUUCAAUAAUUUCAAUAUCUGUUCUCAGGACUUUGGGGCUGUUGGUGUUGACAAGUAUUAAACCUCAAACUAGUAUUUUAAAUACAUAUUUUACAGCUGACAAAUGUAUGAAGUCUGAUUUGUUCAAAUUAGGAAGUGAACAAUUUGAAUCAAGAUUAUUCAUAUUAUUUGAAAACAAUUUAAAGAUCUUUAAAGAUUUCAAAGUUUAGUAUACUUUAUGACUUUAAGUGUCAAAAUAUCAUGCGAGUCAUGAAAUUAUUAUGCA